GGACGCUCUCGGGCCCCCAGGCUAACCCCCGCUGUAGCCUUCAUCUCCUACCAUGGGGGAAGACGGCGGCCGCCGCGGCUGUGGGCCCCCUAGGGAGCUGCAGAAGCUGAAGCAGCAGGCUCUGGAGUACUACCGGGAGAACGACGUCCCGCGCAGGCUGGAAGAGCUGCUCAACGCCACCUUCUACCUCCAGCCUGCCGACGUCUACGGGCACCUGGCAAACUACUUCUCUAAACUUGCGAAGCCUCCCACCAUAUGCAAAGUGGUGGGGAAGAAAGUGCUGGACGGACUGGGGCUUCCCGCCCUCCAAGUGGAAAUAUUCUGCACCAUUCAAAACUUCUCCAAGAACAUAUGUUCCGUGGUGAUGGCGACUCACUUUGAAGUCCACGAUAACACUGUGCCCGAGCUGGCUGAAGCGGAGGAAGCAGAGAGGGCCGAUGCCGUCAGGACCGCUGUGCAGUGGGUCAAUGAAACCAUCACCCAGGAGCUUCGGGGCCUAGUGCCCUCCAGCCAGGCUGAGGUGGACCAGGUGCUCAGGACAUUCUUUGAAAAUAAAGUGCAAGAAGAUAAGGAGAGAAAAGAAUUGGAAAAGAGCCUGGAAGACUCAACAGUGCCCACACUUCCAUCUCUGAUAGUGCCGCCGCCACCACCUACUCCACCUCCAUCAAAAAAGAAAGGACAAAAGCUAGGUAUGAAGCGUUCUCUUACCGAGAAACCCAUUGCCGCUCCAGAACCUGUGGAGCCUGUGCUCUGUGGCAGCAUGGCCAUGGGGGCUGUGUCACUGGCUGUUGCCAAAACCAGUGCCGUGCUGAGCAGUAACCCUUUGUAUGUCAAAAUCGCAUCACUGAAGCACCCUCAGGAGCAGCCAGCAAAGCUAACUAUACCUCUGCUAAUGGUAUCUCUGGUCAGCUGCGGGAAGUCGUCGCCUGGGAAGCUGAAUUUAAUGAAAGAAUUGAUCUGUAUACCCCAUCCUGGAUUAUCGGCUAAACAAGGUGUGGAGAUGCUUAUGGAAAUUCAGAAACAAAUUAACAAAACAAUUGAAAUGCCCCCUCCUCCCAAAGCAGAGGCGAAGAAAGGGCAUAAUGGAGGCAAAAGAGGCCAACAGCUGAUCACUGGCAAGAUGUCCCAUCUCGGCUGUUUAACUAUUACUUAUGACACCAUAGAGCAGCCCCUGCUCCUGAUACAAGGAAUCUGUGCGAACCUGGGCCUAGAACUGGGAACAAAUCUGCAUCUGGCCAUCAACUGUGCUGCACAUGAACUGAUGGACUAUAGUAAAGGGAAGUAUGAAGUGGUGAUGGGAACGUACAAAAAUGCGGCUGAGAUGGUUGACCUGUAUGUGGAUCUGAUCAACAAGUUCCCUGCAAUUAUUGCCUUAAUUGAUCCUUUCAGGAAAGAGGACUCUGAACAGUGGGACAGCCUCUAUAACGCUCUUGGUUCCAGGUGUUACACAAUUGCAGGAAGUGCCUCCAAAAGCAUCUCUAGACUUCUGCAGGAAGGAAAUAUCAGCACCCCCAAGUCCAGCGGGCUGGUCAUAAAACACACAAACCAAACCACAAUGUGUGACUUGGUGGAAAUAACCAACCUCAUUGACAGUAAGAGGCGCGUUGCUGUCUUCGGAAGCACAGAAGGGGAGUCAUCGGAUGACAGCCUUGUCGAUCUGGCCGUCGGACUGGGCGUCCGGUUUAUCAAGUUCGGAGGUCUUUCUCGCGGCGAACGGGUGACGAAGUACAACCGUGUGUUCACUGUAGAGGAAGAACUUGUCCAGAGCGGAACACUGGGUCUCAACGAAGAACUCACCUUUUCUAACCUGAAUGAGGAAGACGAGGCCGCGGCGGCCCUGGCUGGGGAGCUGCCCGAGCCCCCGGAGCCCAUCUUCCCCACAGAAGUUGUGGAGGCAUCAGCCUAAGCGUGAGCAUCUUCUGGACGGGCCGACACACCCCGCCUUACGGCCACGUCCGUGUUAGGAGCCUGGGGGCCUGGUGUGUCUCCGAUGCUGGCUUCGCUCUAACGCGUCACUACCCGUGUGCUCCUGUCCUUCCUUUCAUGUCUCCUGUUACCAUUUGGGGAAACGCACACAGUGUUCCGCCUGAAAUCGUGCCUGUGAGCUCGUGUUAAGCCGCCACAUUUCCGCGGAGAUGCUGUGCACCCCUCUCCCGUCCGCUGGGGCGGGGCGAUGGCCUGGGGAGAGAGUCCGGUACUUUUGUUGCGACACUCAGUUCCAGCACCUCACAGUUUACACAGGAAACCAUCUCUGAAAACAAAAACCUCUCCCACGGAGCGCUCAGUGCCGGAACAGGCGCGUCCGUGCGUACCCAGGAAGCACAGCAGUUCCGUGCCAGCCUCGCGGAAGCACGAGCUUCGCGGCUCCGUCGCGGCCACGCAGCGUCCUCGUACUUUCCUACCCUCACGCCCCCUUCCCGGGUCCCCUUCUGUCUGCGUGUUCGUUCUCCUUCUAUUAUUUAUACCCUUGGAGUCCCCUUCUACCCCCUGUGGAACAAGAACUCGUGUACGUGAGUAAACACGCUUGGAUGGGUAACUGUUCUCGAGGAACUAAUGCGCAGCUGUUUAUAUUACAGAACGUGGCAGGUGACUGAACCGCCUCCCGUAAGCCAGCCUCGGGGCUGCAGCAGAGGAGGGACAGAGGUGGCCUCACCCAGUCACACACCGACAGACCCAGUAACGCCACCCACUUUGUGCCGUUUAGAUUCUCUGUUAAAAGUUAUCACUUGCUUUACCCCAAAAUUAUAUAAAUUGCUGUAAACUGACCUGUGGGAGAGUUGGCUAAAUUAAGAUUUCUGGUAUAUUCUAUAUGCUUUUACUAAACACACUGAGGACCUCUCCUCUUGAAGAGCCUUAACAGGGAAAUGUAAUGCUGUGACGGCAGAGCCCAGGCCCUCCCCCGAAGCCAUGACUCAGUCGGCUCGGGGGCAGACCCUCCCGGAGCUCGGGGCAGAACCGGUCGGUCACUCCAAGCUGGGGGAACAGCCUCCAGUCUGUGGCUGCUACCACCUCUCCUGCUGCUUCCCACGAGCAGCGGGGGAUGAGGAACGGGAAGGAAAGUUCAUUUUAAAGGCAGGAGGAACAGACUGGUGUUCACAUGUACAUGUGUGUGCACAUGUAGGCACACACACAAAACACGGGAGACCAUACGAGAGUAUGCCCUGGAGCUGUGAUACAAACAGCACAGCCGACUCACCUUUACGUCGCCUGAGGGCCGGGCCACCAAUGGGUAGGCAGCAUUUUAAUUUAAAAUUUUAAAGUGAUAAGCACUGUGUCUAUUUUCUCUCUCUGUCUACAUUUGUUCUGUAAUAUACAGUAGAUAUAAAACAUAUCCAUCACAUGCAAGAUAUUAUCUGUAAAAGAGAUGAAAGCAACUAGUCACUUCCCAUUUGAAGAGAGGACGGUGGGCCUGGAAAACGUCAGUGCUCAGAAGAAACCUCCAUCCCAUCCUUAGGUACGCUCCGCCUGGUGAUCCUUCCAGGUCAGUGACGACGGGCGGCCACCACCCUCAACUUAUUUCCACAGAAGCUGCAGUUGUUCCACGAUGAAAGCGAUUA